CUAAAAUGCAUAUUAUAUUAAAUUUCAGCCUAGAGGAGAUUUUCGCAAUGAUAAUAAUCAUGGUGAUAAUCAUCAAGGAGAUAAUGAUAUUAUGAAUAGAGGCAAUCGCAAUCAUUCUGAAGGCGGAAGAGGAGGAAGACGUGGUGGAGGUGUUGGUGGAGGCGUUUUCAGAGGAGGUCCACCUAAUCGUGGAGAUGAUCGUUUAACUAGAGCUGAUGCUCUAUGGAAUGAACGUCUUAUGCAAAUAAUGGGCCCAACUCAUGAACUUCCUCCAACUGAUUCCACUGAAAGAAAGUUCCUUAGCCAAUGUCGUCUUUACAUAGGAAACUUGGUGGAUUGUACUGAAGAUGAAUUGAUAGAAAUGUUUAAACCUUAUGGAGAAGUUUCUGAAAAUUUCUUGAACAAAGAAAAAAUGUUUGCUUUUAUCAGAUUGGAUUAUCGUGCCAAUGCCGAAAAAGCCAAAAGAGAAUUAGAUGGUCAAACACGUAAAGGACGUAUGUUGAAAAUAAGAUUUGCUCCCAUUGCUGCUGCUAUCAAAGUAAAAAAUCUUACUCCAUUUGUGUCCAAUGAACUUCUAGAAUAUGCUUUUUCAAUAUUUGGUGAUAUUGAGCGUUGCCAAGUGAUGGUGGAUGAAAGAGGUAAUUCAACUGGAGAAGGAAUUAUUGAAUUCUCGCGUAAAAAUGCUGCAAGUAAUGCUUUGAAACGUUGUUCAGAAGGUUGUUUCUUUUUGACCAGUUCACUUCGCCCUUGUGUAGUUGAAACUUAUGAGUUUGUAGAUAGUUCAGAUGGUCUCCCAGAUAAGUUAUUGCCCAAAAAAACUAUGGAUUUCCAGAAACAGAGAGAUACUGGUCCAAGAUUUGCCAAUCCAAAUUCUUUUGAACAUGAAUUUGGUACUCGUUGGAAACAGUUAGCUGAAUUGUAUAAAUCAAAGGAAGAAGCAUUAAAACGUGAGAUGAAAUUAGAAGAAGAAAAAUUAGAGGCCCAAAUGGAAUAUGCUCGUUACGAACAUGAAACUGAAAUGCUCCGUGAACAACUGCGCCAACGAGAAAUGGAUAGAGAGCGCCAAAAAAUGGAAUGGGAAAUGAAGGAACGUCAAGCAGAAGAUCAAAGACUCAGGGAAGAAGAUAUUUUCAGGAGACAAAGUGAAGAUUUGAGCAUGAGAAUGCAUCAUCAAGAUGAAGAAAUGAGGAGGCGUCAACAAGAUAAUUCAUCAUUCAUGCAGGAUCACAGAGGAGGACCGGGUAAACCGCAAUUUGAUGGACCUCCUAUUCCCGUUGAAGGUAUGUCUGUUCGUGAACUGGAAGCUUUAACUGCCCAAGGAGGAAUGGGUGGGGAAAGCCAAGUGGCAAAUCAGGAAUCGACGCCGUUCGUGGAAACUUUUGUACGUGACAAUCAAGGAGUAUUGCCGCCACCAGGCCUUUUCGACGCUGGUCCUAGAGGAGACAGGGGCGGAAGGUGGGGUCAAGACAGACGUAACGGCCAGGAUCGUAGAAGAUUUUAAUCUUUCAAAAUGAUCCUAAGAAUAAACAGAUUAUAGAACAAAAAAUUGAAGAUGGAUAGUUAAAUCUCUUCAUUUUAAGCUGAAAUGAUUAUCUACUCAUCAUUGCAAUAUCACAUAACCGCUUAUGAUUUCUCGACAUAGGAUAAAACUAAUUUUGGUACCUAUCUUAUGAACUAUUUAGGUAUAAUCUCUUUUUCAGUCAACUGAUUUUUGACAUCUGCAAAUCUUAAAAUUUAUUAUUUGCUGGUACAGUUUUCAACAUAAAAACAGACCAACAGUUGAUCCUGAUUCAUAUUGCAUUUUUUUUUUCAUUUAUUGUUUUUUUUUUUUUUUUUAUAUAUAUUUAUUUCUAUUGCUGAUUGGCUGAAUAACUAUUUAAAACAGCAGUAUUUUGAUUACCUACUAUAACAAUGCUAGUAAUUUUUAUAUAAUUUAAUAUUAGUCAAUGGUCUCAAAAACUAUCCAUUUUUUUUUACCUACUGGUAAAGUUAUCUUUUUGACAUGGGAAAUUAUUAUUUUUAUAAUAGUAAAUAUUAUUAAUUGAUCUUAAUAUAAGAACUAAUAUAAUAGGCAACUUUGCAAUAAGCAAUCUUAAUGUCAUCUCAAAAAUCAUAGCUUUGGAUAACCAUAUUAUAAAUAAUUCACAUAUUGACGUUAACGUAGUGGUGUGAUGAUUGAGAAGCCAAUUUUUCUUUGAAUUUCUUUGUAGUGAUUAAUUUAACGUGUUUUUGGUAUAGAGUUCACAAAUAUUUAUUUGCUUUUGUGAGGUUUUACAUAUUCUCUUAAGAUGUUUAAUUGUACGAUUAUAAUAAUAUUUUGGCAUAGUAUUAUGGUCUAUAUUAUUUAAUAGUUCUUAAUUAGGUAGAUUUUAUUAUUGUAUUUUUAAUAAAAUACUUUUAAAUAGUUGUAAUACAAAGUAAUUGAUUAUAGGUUAUAAGUAAACAUUGCAAUUAAUGGUUAUCGCUAUUUUUAAGGAAGACUACAAUAAAUUGGUAGAAAUAUGUCGUAUCGCGAGUGAAACUUUGUAAUUUUUGUAUUAAAUAUAUUUAAUUAUAUAUUGAAUUUAACAACGAUAAAAUAUGAUGAUUGAUCUAUGCAACAGAAAGAUAAAAUAAACCAAUUAUACUUAACUGUAAGUUUUAUAUUUAUAAUUAACUGUUCAUUAAAUUAAUUUUUUUCUUGUGAGUGUGUGUGAUAGUGUGUAGAUCAAUUUCAAUAUAAUCAUAAGUUAGUAUAGGUGCACGAAAUAAUUUAUUCAUUUAAUAUAAUAUAAUUAUACAUAUAUUUUCCUAAUUAUACUUCUUACUAGAAUUAUGACUUGGUGUUUGAUAUUUUAAUCUAAGAAAAUAAUGUUCAAAUAAGAAGUGACCUCAUUUGUUCAAACUGGAGUUAACUGACUUAUUUAAUUGAAAAAAAACUUAUGUUAAACUCUUAAAAUUAAAGUAUAAAUAUAAAUUCUUAUUUUAAUGAAA